AGUGGCACUAUAUGCAAAACUCCCCUUUCCCACCUACCACCGGGAGCAAAUCCAUGCCGACUUGCUCCUCAGAGAAGGUCCCGGUAUUCUUCUCCUCUCCUUUUCCUCCUACAUAGCCGUUGAGCUCCAGGAUUCAAAUCAAAAAGCGCAGCCUUUCCAUGGAGGCCUCUCUCUCUCAUCUCCAUUUCCGCCCUCUAUACACUCCCCUUCUCCACAGAACCAUUUCCAAAACCAAACUGCCACCUUUCCAAAACCCUAGGAUUCGUCUCAUGGUUCCCUUGGCGAUGCGCCCGCGGAGUUGGCUGUUACCCAAAUCUUCGAGGAGACCACUGGAAUUUCCUCCGACUCAAGCUUCCAGGGGGCAGGCAGAGCUUGCCGAUGGCAUCGACGGGCGGAUUUUGGUUGGAUCGGGGUUCACGGUUCUCUUCGCCGUCUUGAAUCGGGUUCUAUAUAAGCUGGCCCUCGUGCCGAUGAAGAAUUAUCCUUUCUUUCUGGCCCAAGUCACCACCUUUGGAUAUGUGGUGGUAUAUUUCUCUAUUCUCUACUUCAGAUACCGUGCUGGAACUGUGACUAAGGAAAUGCUGGCCAUCCCAAAAUCUCGUUUUAUAGCAAUUGGCCUCUUGGAAGCCCUUGGUGUUGCUUCAGGGAUGGCUGCUGGAGCUAUGCUUCCUGGACCUGCCAUUCCUAUAUUGUCUCAGUCUUUCUUGGUGUGGCAGCUUAUCUUAUCUGUCAUAAUUUUGGGAAGAAAAUAUUCAUUCAACCAAAUCUUUGGUUGCUUACUUGUAACUGUAGGAGUGGUUCUAGCAGUAGCAAGUGGGGCAAAUGAGGGUCAGUUUUUAUCUGAAGUUGAAUUUCGUUGGCCAGCACUGAUGGUGGCCUCAUCUGCAUUUCAAUCUGCUGCUUCCAUUCUCAAGGAGUUUGUUUUCAUCGACAGUGCAAAGCGCCUUCAGGGAAAGCCUCUUGACAUAUUCGUUGUCAAUUCUUUUGGAUCUGGAUUUCAGGCUCUUUUUGUGUUUCUUCUUCUUCCUUUUCUUUCAAACGUGAAAGGAAUUCCUUUUCCUGAACUUCCCUCGUACAUAAAAAGUGGUGCUACAUGUUUUUUGAACUUAGGAGGCAAUAUGACAGGUUGUGAAGGAGCUCCAUUAUUACCUCUACUUUUUAUAAUGAUGAAUAUGGCUUUCAACAUAUCUUUGCUUGGUCUGGUGAAAAUUUCAUCUGCAUUAGUUGCUUCUCUUGCAGCAACACUAGCAGUGCCCAUUUCCAUCUAUAUUCUCUCGCUGCCAUUACCUUACAUCCCUCAAGGCACUUGCUUGAACGCAUACUUCAUUAUUGGUGCUGCAAUUGUGGUGCUGGGUUUGAUACUAUACAAUCUCCCUCAAUCAGCAAAUUGGUCCCAUAAAAGUGACUAACCUUUUGCUCGAAGCAACGCUCUGCAGAUCCCUGGUAUUGAGUAGAAUGGCAUUUAUGCUGCAACUAACUCUAUCGACCGGCACAAUAUUUAUCUAUUGGGAACUAGGCUUUUCCCUGUGCCACAUAUUUUACCAUUCUGCAUGAGCUGCGGCCAGUCUGAGGUGAAGAUGGAAAGGUUACUAGAUCAUUGGAAGCCUUACCAUCAGUCGUAUAUAUGGGUCGUGGGACAUUGAUUUCCUUGAGCAAAGGACGGAAGCUAGAUCAAUAUCAUACACUGUGGAACUUACCGGCCAGGAAUGGUUGCAUGCAAGUAACUCUGCAGUCUUCUGUAAUAUUAUUAGAGCUCCAGUCCACACUGUCACUUGCUAAUUUGUUACGCGUUGCAAUAAGGCAAGGACCAUAACAUAUUGUCCGCAAUCUCAUGAUGAAAUUUAUUUUGCGAUAUAAUUACUUAAUUGUUAAUUCUCCUAUGUAAGAAGUUGGAGCAGAACCAGGGUUUUCAUAAUGGCAUUGUUCCAAGCACUUCUAAAAUCAUUAUCGACCGUCACAACACACACAUGUAUGAUUUUUAAGUGUUUUAAUGACCAUUGUAAUGGCGACAUAAUGAAAACAAUGGUGCUAUUUU